GAAAGAUGUGUUGUGCGUGUUAUUGCGGCUGAGAAAAUGAAGAAAGAAAAUACAGAAGUGACCGAGCGUCCGUUUAAAUUAGCGCAUCAAAUUUUGAGUCUGACCGGCAUCAACUUUGAGCGCAAGAGCAUCAUCGGCUUCGUUGAGCUGACGAUUGUGCCAACCAGCGAUUGGCUACCGGUCAUUCGCUUGAACUGCCGCCAGUGUCGCAUCUAUCGCGUAAUCUUAAACGACAGCUACGAGGCCGACAUACACUACUUCGAUCCGUUCCAGGACAUCUGUCAGGGGGAAACGAAAAACAAAUCGUUGGAAUUUUUCUCCAAAUGCCAUCUGGAUGUGGCGCGCAAGACGGAUGCGGACGAAAACAAGGGCGAACUUGCGGUGGUUGUGCCACCGGAAGCGAAGCACCUGAUCGGCGAUGGCCGGGGUUUGCGCAUCGGUAUCGAGUUCUCGCUGGAGGACCCCCCCGGUGGGGUGCACUUCGUCAUACCGGAGGGCGAAGGUACAAUGGAGGAACGGGCGGCGCAUAUGUUCACGUACGGGCAUGAGAAUUCGUCCCGCAUGUGGUUUCCUUGCAUCGAUAGCUAUGCGGAACCGUGCACCUGGAAGCUGGAAUUUACCGUGGACAAGAGCAUGACGGCCGUGUCGUGUGGCGAGCUGGUGGAGGUGGUCAUGACGCCGGAUCUGCAGCGUAAGACAUACCACUACACCGUGUCGGUGCCGGUCUGUGCGCCCAACAUUGCGCUUGCCGUUGGACCGUUCGAAAUCUACGUCGAUCCGCACAUGCACGAGGUGACGCACUUUUGCCUGCCCCAGCUGAUGCCACUGCUGAAGAACAUCGUACGAUACCUGCACGAGGUGUUUGAGUUCUACGAGGAAGCCCUGUCGACCCGCUAUCCGUUCUCCUGCUACAAACAGGUGUUUGUGGACGAAAUCGACAACGAGUGCAAUGCGUACGCCACUAUGACCAUACUCUCGACGCACCUGCUGCACUCCAUCGCCAUCAUCGACCAGACGUUCCAUUCGCGAAAGGUCAUGUCGAAGGCUAUCGCAGAACAGUUCUUCGGUUGCUUCAUCACGAUGGAAAAGUGGUCAGACGCGUGGUUGGCGCGUGGUAUCGCCGAAUACCUUUGCGGGUUGAACUCGAAAAAGUGUUUCGGAAACAACGCGUACCGCAGCUGGAUCCGGGAUGAGCUGGACGAGGUGGUCCGGUACGAGGAAAAGUACGGUGGAAUCAUUCUCGACUGCAGCCAGGCACCGGCCCCGCCGGCCGUAUCGAGCAUCAGCAACUCCCCGGCCGCCCCGCAAAAGGCGUAUAAUGACAAUCCGUUCUACUUUCCCAUCAAAAACCUUCACACCAUGUCGCCGAAGUACAUCGAGAUGAUGCGCAAAAAGGCGCACCUGGUGAUCCGCAUGCUGGAGCACCGGAUUGGACAGGAGCUGCUGCUGCAGGUGUUCAAUAAACAGCUCGCGCUGGCAUCGAACGCCGCGGGCACGAAAAUCAGCAGUGGUCUGUGGGGCCAUCUGCUCAUCUCGACCAACGUGUUCACGAAGGCCAUCUUCACCGUGACCGGUAAGGAUAUGGCGGUGUUUAUCGACCAGUGGGUUCGCACCGGAGGGCACGCCAAGUUUACGAUGACCUCCGUGUUCAACUCAAAGCGUAAUACGAUCGAGCUUGAGAUCCGUCAGGAUUGCGUCAACCAGCGAGGCGUCCGUAAGUACGUUGGGCCGCUGCUGAUUCAACUGCAAGAGCUGGACGGCACAUUUAAGCACACGCUGCAGAUUGAGAACAUUAUUGUGAAGUCAGACAUAACGUGCCACUCGAAGAGUCGACGUAACAAGAAGAAGAAAAUUCCCCUAUGCACUGGAGAGGAGGUGGACAUGGAUCUGUCGCCGAUGGCAGAAUCUCCAGUUCUUUGGAUCAGACUGGACCCCGAAAUGACGCUGCUUCGCUCGGUUAACAUAGAGCAGCCCGAUUUCCAGUGGCAAUUUCAACUGCGCCACGAGCGUGACGUCACGGCUCAGCUGGAAGCCAUCAAGGCGCUGGAAAAAUAUGCCACGGCCCAAACGCGCCUCGCGCUUACCGAUACGAUCGAAAACGAGCGCAUCUUCUACGAGGUGCGCUGCCAGGCCGCCCUCUGCCUGACGAAAGUGGCCAACGCAAUGGUUACAUCCUGGCAGGGCCCGCCGGCCAUGCUAACCAUCUUCAAGAAGUCGUUCGGAUCGUUCAGUGCGCCGCACAUCAUUCGGCAGAAUAAUUUCACCAACUUCCAGCACUACUUCCUGCAGAAGACGAUCCCGGUGGCGAUGGCCGGGCUGCGGACGGCACACGGUAUCUGUCCGCCGGAGGUGAUACGAUUUCUGCUCGAUCUGUUUAAGUACAACGACAACUCGAAGAACCAUUACUCGGACAACUACUACCGGGCGGCGCUGGUUGAAGCGCUGGGCAACACAAUUACACCGGUCAUUUCCGUCGUCCACCAGGGAAGGGCGCUAUCGUCCGAGAAUUUGUCUGCCGAUGCGAAGUUGGUUCUCGAAGAGGUCACCCGUAUUCUGAACCUGGAGAAGCAUCUUCCAUCGUACAAGUUUAGCGUGUCGAUCGCGUGCCUCAAGGUGAUUCGAAAGCUGCAAAAGUGUGGCCACCUACCGACGAACCCAAAGAUCUACCGAAGCUAUGCCGCAUACGGGCAGUACAUCGAUGUGCGCCUGGCCGCGAUGGAGUGUCUGGUGGAUUAUGUGAAAAUCGACGGCCGUUGGGAGGAUCUACAGCAUCUGAUGGAACUGCUGGAGAACGACCCGGAUCCGAUGGCGCGCCAUCAGCUUGGACGGUAUCUGAUCGAUGCACUUCCGUUCGAUAAAUCCAACCGCCAUCGGUUGGAUAGGGAGGAGUUGGCAUUGCGCAUUUGGGAUAACAUGAAUUCGAAGCUAUCUCAUGAUACUCGUCUACGGUGCGAUAUGAUUGAUUUAUACUACACCCUGUACAGUAUCCGGCUGCCACACUGUCUGGCUAAUCAGGAGCUAGAGUCCAUACUGCGCCCGCAAAAGCUUGCGUCCACCUUUGUUUCCAGUUCGUCGUCCUCCGAUCGGCCGAAUCGACGCAACUCGUCCACAACGGACGAUAUCGAGGUCGGUCCUUACAUGGUAAUGAAACGGGACCGUUCCGCUACCCCAGAGCCACCGACGGUGCCGAAAGAAACGUUCGAUAUGAUUGAAAUCGGUGACACGCAAGUUAUGAUACCGAGAAGCCGCGAGGAGUCACCGUUUGGGCGGACGGAAAGCAAGAUUCAGGAGGAUGCGGAAAACGAACGUGUGGCACGCGAAAAUCAGCUCAUCAUCGAAACGGUCGAGGCGAGCAUCAAAACGGAAGUGGUCGAAACUGAACCGAAGCAGACGGGUGGCGUGAAGGAAGAAGUUAUCGAUCUGGACGAACCGGAUACGCCGACGCCAGCGGGCACGGCGGACAAGGAGCCACCGUUGAAGAAGUUAAAGACGGAACAAUUCUACUCGGACAAUUCCAUCUCGCUGCCGGGAAUUAACACCGCAGGCAUGCAGGGAACGGGGCCCACCGGUUUCGAGCCGGGUAUGUUUGGCAGCAUGCCGAGCGCAUUUCAAGAUUCAUCCGCACUGGCUGAUUCGAACAGUUCCAAAACCGACGGGAGCAAGAAAAAGAAAAAGAAGGACAAGAAAAAGCAUAAGCAUAAGCACAAGCAUAAGCACAACAAGGAUAAGGACCGCGAUCGGGACAAGGACAAGGACCGUGAACGGGGCAAGAGCAAAGAGAAGGAUAAGAAAGAUCCUAAUAUUGUGCGCGUCAUCAGGGAGGAAACACAGGAGACGCUUAGCUCGGCGGAUAGUUCCAGCCGGGACAGCAAUCCCACGAUGGAUUUAACACUCUAAUUCGUAUCUUAUUUUAAAUUACCCAAUAAAUUUGUCGUAAAUAUUUGCUCCGCAAUCCACGAAUA